UGCUUUUCCUACUCUCAAACUGAUCACUCUGCAACUUUCAACCUCCUUGCUUACUUUGUGUUCUGAUUUUGAAGAAUGGCUGAACAAAUCCCAUAUGCUGUUGCUGCUAGCCUCAUUAACAGGUUGGCUUCUGCAGCUUUUCAUGAGUUUGGACGGAUUCAUGGUGUUAUGCAUGAGUUGGAAAGGCUUAAGAAUACUGUUGAAUCCGUCAGAGCUGUGCUCCUUGAUGCUGAGGAGAAACAACAACAAAGUCAUGGUGUGCAAAACUGGAUAAGAAGACUCAAAGAUGAUGUGCUUCAUCCUGCUGAUGAUUUGCUAGAUGAAUUUUCUAUUGAAGACAUGAGACACAAACGGGAUGAAGCUCGCAAGAACAAAGUGACACAGGUACUUCAUCGCUUAUCUCCAAAUAGAAUUGCUUUUAGCCGUAAAAUGGCUCAUGAGAUUGAAAAAAUACAAACAAAAUUUAAUGACGUGGUGAAAGAUAUGUCUGGGUUGAAUCUAAACUCAAAUGUUGUGGUGGUUGAGCAAAGUGACAUUGUAAGGAGGGAAACAAGUUCUUUUGUGUCAGAAUCAGAUAUCAUCGGAAGAGAAGAUGAUAGAAAUAAGAUCAUAAGCUUGUUGAGGCAAUCACAUGAAAAUCAGAAUGUCUCCUUGGUUGCUAUUGUAGGGAUUGGCGGUUUGGGAAAGACAGCUCUUGCUCAAUUGGUAUACAAUGAUGGUGAAGUAACAAAGUCUUUUGAAAAGAGGAUGUGGGUAUGUGUCUCUAAUAACUUUGAUGUCAAAACUAUUCUAAAGAACAUGUUGAAGUCAUUAAACAUCAAGAAUGAAGAGAUUGACAAUUUAUCAUUUGAUAACUUGCAAAAAAUGCUUCGUGACAAUUUAACUGGUAAGAGAUACUUGCUACUUCUUGAUGACGUUUGGAAUGAGAGUUUAGAAAAGUGGGAUCAAUUGAAGACUUAUUUGAUGUGUGGUGCUCAAGGUAGUAAGGUUGUAGUGACGACUCGUUCUAAAAUUGUGGCACAAACAAUGGGUGUAAGUGUCCCCUAUACUUUGAAUGGUUUGACUCCAGAGAAAUCUUGGUGUUUGUUGAAGAACAUCACAUACAGGGAUGAGACCAAAGGAGUUUUGAACCAAAAUCUUGAAGCAAUUGGUAAGAAGAUAGCUGAAAAGUGCAGUGGUGUUCCACUAGCAAUCAGAACAUUAGGAGGCCUUUUACAAGGUAAAAGUGAAGAAACGGAAUGGGUUGGUGUUUUACAAGAUGACUUUUGGAAAUUAUGUGAAGACGAAGAAACCAUCAUGCCAGUGUUGAAACUGAGUUACCAAAACUUAUCGCCUCAACUAAGACAAUGUUUUUCUUACUGCUCUUUAUAUCCUAAGGAUUGGGAAAUAAAAAAGGAUGAGUUGAUUCAACUGUGGAUGGCACAAGGUUAUCUUGAAUGUUCAACUCAAAAACAGGGUCCGGAAGAUAUUGGUAACCAAUUCGUAAAGAUUUUCUUGAUGAAGUCAUUCUUCCAAGAUGCUAAAAUUGAUGAUUGUGGUGAUAUAUGUAGUUUCAAAAUGCAUGAUUUAAUGCAUGAUCUUGCAAUGCAAAUAGCCGGCAAUGAUUGUUGUUACAUAGGUAGUGAGACAAAAAGACUUGCAGGAAGUCCCAUUCAUGUAAUGUUGAAGUUGGAUUUUAUUGGUUGGUUAGAGUCGUUGGAUGCAAGCAGGUUGCGGACUUUGAUUUUGUUGCAUAGCGAUUUGCCUUAUCGUGGGUGUGAAAAAUUGUCUGUUAUUUUAAAAUUCAAUCGCUUGCGUGUCUUGAUGGUGAAACCUUUAUGUAAAAUUAAGUUGCGUGAUUUCAUUGUAAAAUUGAAGCAUUUAAGAUAUCUUAACUUCUCGCAAAGAAAAAGUCAUGGAAGUGAUAAAAAAGCCUUCACUAAUGCUGUUUACCUACAAACACUAAUAUUGACGCUGUGUGACGAAAGAUUUUCUCAAAAAAAUGUCUCAAAUUUAAUCAAUUUGAGACAUCUUAAAAUUGAGGUUCUACCCCCGCCACCCCCCUGGCCAAAGGAGGCAAAAUCUAGCAGAUUUGCAGAACUGUGUGUGGGGAAGGUUCUUCCCAUCUUUCGAGAACUGCGUGUGGGGAAGGUUCACAAGUGUGCAAUUUUUUCCAAAGGGUAUUCUUUACUCUCAAAUAUUGUUGAAAUCUCUCUCACAGAUUAUAAUGGUUUGCCAUAUCUCCCACCAAUGGAACGUCUACCAUUUCUUAAAUCACUUAAAAUUCGUUAUCUUCCUAAAUUGGAGUAUAUACUUUAUGAAGAGCCUCUUUUGUGUGGAUCAUUCUUCCCAUCUUUGGAGAAGCUAAUUAUUGAGGAUUGUUUGGAACUGAGAGGAUGGAGGAGGAUGGGGGAUGAUAUCAAUGAUGAUGAUAACACCUCACAAUCUCACCAUCUCUCUUUCCCUCCUUUUUCUUCUCGUCUUUCACUAAUCGAAAUCACUUACUGUCGAAUAUUGACAUGCAUGCCUACUUUUCCAAACCUUGAUAAGAAAUUGGAAUUAGUAAGCUCUUGUGUGGAGCCAUGAGAAGCAACAUUGAACAUGGUAGGUUCAAGAUGUUUGAUUGAAUUCCCUCCUCUCUCCAUGCUAAAACACUUGAUCUUUAAAGGGAAAAACUUGGAUCUGAAAAAACUUCAAAAGGAUUGGGUGCAAAAUUUGACUUCUCUUGAUCAUAUUGGUUUGUACUCGCUUCCAAAUCAAUCAUUUCAGGAAAUUGAAAAUUGGUUUGUGGAAGACCCCAACUAUCUCCCUUCCUUGCGAAGUAUUACUUUCAGUGGAGCAGAUUUGAUGGCACUGCCAGAUUGGAUUUGCAAACUCUCCUCACUUCAGCAUGUCAAAAUUGAGCAUUGUCGUGAUUUGUCUUCGCUGCCCGAAGGAAUGCCUUGCCUUUCCAAAUUACAGACCCUAGAAAUCAUUAAAUGUCGCUUCUUAUUUGCAGAGUGUGAGACACAAACAAGUGCAACAUUGCCCAAAAUUUCUCACAUUCCAAACAUAAUCCUAAUACCUGUUACUAAGGAGGAUGAGGAGCAGGAGGACAAUUGGCGAUUGUGGAAAGAACAUUGUGAUGCCUGUUUUUCCGUCAAUUGAUUUAAAUGGGUUGCAAAAAGUGACUGCUAGUGUUGUGCUAUGGAUGGAUGGUUUAGCACAUGGCUUUGGGUGAGCUGAAUAAUAGCACCUCCUUUUCAGAUUGAUGGGGUGCAAUGGUGGAAUUCAAUUCCUUCUAGCUGGAGAGCCGCCUUCCUGAAUUUACAUUAUGUUUUGUCGCGUUGCAUUGUACUCUUUUUUUCCUUCACUAUGGUGUUAUCCUAAUGAGGUUUUCCUCAUAAGGUUUUUAACGAGGCAAUUGUUGUAUAAUAUUUUGAUUGUUAUAAUCAAAUUUUUAGGAUGCUGCAAAUGAUAUUUUGUGGUUUAGAGUGCUCAUUAGUUGCUAUUGUAUCUCAAUGAAAAUUAGUUGUUGUAAUGUUUGUAAUUGGGAAAUAAAGGAUACGUGCACUUAUGGUAUUUUA